GUUACGUAGGAGUGUCAACAUGCAAGAUGGCGGCUCAUCACCGGCAGAACACGGCCGGGCGGAGGAAAGUGCAGGUUUCCUAUGUUAUUCGGGAUGAAGUAGAGAAGUACAAUCGGAAUGGAGUCAAUGCCCUACAGUUGGAUCCAGCACUAAAUAGACUUUUCACAGCUGGGCGAGACUCCAUCAUAAGAAUAUGGAGUGUCAAUCAGCACAAGCAAGAUCCAUAUAUAGCAUCUAUGGAACACCAUACUGAUUGGGUAAACGACAUUGUACUCUGUUGUAAUGGGAAAACAUUAAUAUCUGCGUCUUCUGACACGACAGUAAAAGUAUGGAACGCACAUAAGGGAUUUUGCAUGUCAACAUUAAGAACGCAUAAGGAUUAUGUAAAGGCAUUAGCAUAUGCCAAGGAUAAGGAACUGGUAGCAUCAGCUGGGUUGGACAGACAAAUAUUCCUUUGGGAUGUGAAUACUCUAACAGCAUUGACUGCCUCAAAUAACACUGUCACAACUUCUUCUUUAAGUGGGAACAAAGAUUCCAUUUAUAGCCUUGCCAUGAAUCAACUGGGAACAAUCAUUGUAUCAGGGUCCACAGAGAAGGUUUUAAGGGUAUGGGAUCCAAGAACAUGUGCAAAACUAAUGAAGCUUAAAGGGCACACAGACAAUGUAAAAGCAUUGCUGUUGAACAGAGAUGGCACACAGUGCCUCUCUGGUAGUUCUGAUGGAACAAUUCGUCUUUGGUCUCUUGGCCAACAGAGAUGUAUAGCAACAUACCGAGUCCAUGAUGAAGGUGUUUGGGCUCUGCAGGUCAAUGAUGCCUUCACACAUGUAUAUUCUGGAGGAAGGGACAGGAAGAUUUAUUGUACUGACUUAAGAAACCCUGAUAUUCGAGUGCUAAUUUGUGAAGAAAAAGCACCAGUACUCAAGAUGGAGCUUGAUAGAUCAGCUGAUCCCCCUCCUGCAAUCUGGGUUGCAACAACUAAGUCUACAGUAAAUAAAUGGACGUUGAAGGGAAUUCAUAAUUUUAGAGCCUCAGGAGAUUAUGACAACGACUGUACAAAUCCUAUAACUCCCCUUUGUACACAGCCUGACCAGGUUAUUAAAGGGGGUGCAAGUAUUAUUCAGUGCCACAUUCUUAAUGAUAAGAGACAUAUAUUAACCAAAGAUACCAAUAAUAAUGUGGCAUAUUGGGAUGUAUUGAAGGCAUGCAAAGUUGAAGAUCUGGGAAAAGUGGAUUUUGAAGAUGAAAUUAAGAAAAGAUUUAAAAUGGUAUAUGUGCCAAAUUGGUUCUCUGUAGACUUAAAAACAGGGAUGCUGACUAUUACUUUGGAUGAGAGUGACUGUUUUGCUGCUUGGGUUUCUGCAAAAGAUGCUGGUUUCAGCAGCCCUGAUGGGUCAGAUCCAAAAUUGAACUUGGGAGGACUUUUACUCCAGGCACUCCUAGAAUAUUGGCCUAGAACACAUGUGAAUCCAAUGGAUGAAGAAGAAAAUGAAGUAAACCAUGUAAAUGGGGAGCAGGAGAACCGAGUGCAGAAGGGAAAUGGAUAUUUUCAAGUACCACCACACACACCUGUGAUCUUUGGUGAAGCUGGAGGCCGCACAUUGUUCAGGCUGCUCUGCCGAGAUUCUGGGGGUGAGACUGAGUCGAUGCUUCUCAAUGAGACAGUGCCACAAUGGGUAAUUGACAUCACUGUGGAUAAAAAUAUGCCCAAAUUCAACAAAAUUCCUUUCUACCUCCAACCUCAUGCAUCUUCAGGAGCAAAAACCUUAAAAAAAGAUAGAUUGUCUGCUAGUGACAUGCUCCAAGUCCGGAAAGUAAUGGAACAUGUUUAUGAGAAAAUCAUCAACCUGGAUAAUGAGUCUCAAACCACUAGUUCUUCUAAUAAUGAAAAACCAGGAGAACAGGAAAAAGAAGAGGAUAUUGCUGUGUUGGCAGAGGAAAAAAUUGAACUUUUAUGCCAGGACCAGGUUUUGGAUCCAAAUAUGGACCUUCGAACAGUGAAACACUUCAUAUGGAAAAGUGGUGGUGAUCUCACCCUCCAUUACCGUCAGAAGUCCACGUGAAGGGUGGGCCUAUGCUCCUGGGUAUUCAUUUACUACCUUCCUCUAUGGCCCCAAGAGUAGUCCUAGGAAGCCCACUGAUCCCCAAUGGGAGCAAGACUUCUAAUGGCCAAUUUGGUAUGGACCGAGAUUAUCUUUCAAUUGAAGUGACUAAUUGAGAUGUAAUAUAGAAACCAGUCUCUACGUGUAGAUUAAGCUGCCCCCAGGGAAGCAGAGUGCGAGAGCAGAAGAGCCCCAGGCAGACUCUGUCCUGAGAACUGAUGACAGGCCAGUGCAGACUUUGCUUCCUCUUUUUCUUUCAAGGGACCUUAUCUUUGUCUGUUAGCACUUGUUAUAGAACAUCCGUAGGGCCACAUCUGUUAACUGUGUUUCAAUUUCAAACCCACAAGCUCUGUAGCUUUUCUAAGAGUACAUUCCAUUCAUGCAGUACCUAUGAAGGCUUUUUCCAAGUUUGUCAUAGAAAGAAAAUCUAAUUGUUUUCACCGUUUGAAAGUUAUUUUUAAUGGGAAUUUGCUGUUGCACAAUUCGAGAGCCAGCCCACUUCAUAAUAAAUAACUGAUGUUGGGCUCAUUUUUAAUAUUGCAUCUCAGAUGUGUUCUUGUAGUAGAGCUGUUGAAGUUCCAGGUGCUGGAAUUAACGCAGCCCAAGGAUGCCCUGGCUGGCAGCAGCCCCUGGGAGGCGCGACUGUUCGCACCUUCCUCCAGCGUGCAGCUUUAUUCAUGGGCAAAGCAACUGAGACCAUAGCUUCCUGCUCUGGGUGAACAGCUUGACACCAUCAAAACAAGACCGUGAUGAAAUUUUAAUUUCAUUCAGAUGCUACCUAAAAUUUAUGAUGUCACAGUAAAGGGAUAUCAUAGUGAGUUAGUUUGAUAUUCAUAUCUGGAAAGUAUACAUAUUUGUUUUUCCAAAGUUUUAUAUGCAGGUUUUGUUGUUGUACCUGUAUCCAGAUCUUCUUUUCACUGUUCUUUCUAACAAUCUAAAGCUUUCAUAGAAUCAUUUGGAUCUUGUACAGAAUAUAACUUAUUGGGGAUAAACACUUCAACUUUUGGCAGAAAAUACUUUGGAUUCUUCCCAAGGUCAUUUGUAUUCAGCAUAGAUCAAUGGUCCACCCCCAUAAAACUACAUAAGACUAGCCUCCUUGUAUGAAGCCAGAAGCACAAGUGCCUUCAGAGGGCAGUUUAUUCCAGUCCAGUUGCCUCCCCAGCUUGUGUGUGGCCUGACCCCACAGUAGCAGGGACUGGGGAGGAGGCUGAGGAAGGGUUUUUCUUUUCUACAUCUUCACAGGUUCAGUUAGGGGCAGAUUAUGGACCCAGGUCCAUACCUUACAAUUUGAGAUAUUCUGAUCCGCACAACUGCAGAGACAGGGUUCCCUCACUGCUGGUCAGCUAACUCUGGAAAGUGUACCUCUUGCACCUUGAAGAAGUGAGCAGAGACACAGCCACAUUUCCAAGGAGCUGAGGUGGUCUUUAUCCUUUCCUCAGAGCAACCAGAUUCUUUUUUUUAAAAUCCUUUCUAUCUGUUGGAUACAAUAGUGCGCUUUUGGUGCACAUUUUUUAGCAAUAGUUGUGAACUAAUAGCAAAAAAAAAAAAAAAAUUCAUUUACCAGCCCUCAGCUGUGUUUGCACAAGGGGCCUUUGAGCUAAAGGACUGUGUUUUGCUGGGUCAUUUUGCCCCGUGUGCUGAGCCUUGGGUGGCUGUGUCCCCUCUGUUGUAGAUCUGACCCCCAGCAUGGUUAUAUUUUUGUUUUUCCCCUCCAGUCUUACCAGUAAUACAGUUUCCAGAAAAUCUUGACAGUCUGCAAUGCCAAAAGGGUAAAAAAUCUGUAUUUCACAGUUGUAUAGAAUAAAAGCUUUAGUUAAAAUAUUUCAA